AUGGACUCAAUUCAUUCCUUUGAUUCAAGACAUCCAGCAAAUUUGAUAUGCUCAUUAUCGAACCAAUUCUUUCACAAAGAAUGGUGUCUUGGUACUGGUGGUGCUAUAUCCAUUAGAGACACAACUACUAAUUACAUUUAUAUCACUCCUUCUGGUGUUCAAAAGGAACUAAUGCAGCCCAAGGAUUUAUAUGUUUUAACUAAAAACGAGAAUAAAAAUAAAAACAGAAACCAACCAUAUCCAUACGAUAUCAUUUAUUCUCCUCCUUUGAAAAUCAGUGAUUGCUCUCCAUUAUUCUUAGCAUGUCAUGAACAUAAGGAUGCAAAUGCAGUGAUCCAUACUCAUUCACAGAAUAGUGUUCUUAUAACACUACUAUUUGAUAAAGAAUUUAAUAUCUCUAAUAUGGAACAGAUAAAAGCUAUGCCUAGUGGUAGAAAAGAUCCAGAGACAGGAAAACAGAUCAAUCUUUCAUUCAAUGACAACUUAUGUAUCCCUAUCAUCGAUAAUAGGCCACAUGAACAUGAUCUGUUGAAUUCCUUAAAAGAUGUUUUUGAAAAGUACCCUAAUGCUUGUGCUGUAUUAGUUAGAAGACAUGGUUUAUUUGUUUGGGGACCUACUAUUGAUAAAGCUAAAAUUUAUAACGAGUCUAUAGACUAUUUAUUGGGUUUAGCUAUUAAAAUGCAUCAAUUGAAUAUUCAUAUAUAG